AUGGCUAUUGAUUUAACAUUCCAAGGAAGAAACAAGCUGCUCCCCUUAUUGAGGCUCCUUCACUUCCCGAGUAAGAAUGUCAAAUGGAAGGAGGGACACAGUGGAGAUUUGGCUUCUCUUAUUUUAGUCAAUGUUUCGAGUUUAACGGAGAAGCAACUAAAUACUGCUACGGGUUUGACCUCUUUUCAACUACUUCAUCAGAUUGUUGCUGACGUGGACCCUCGAUUGACCAAAAGAAAGAUUGAUGCCACACAUCAGAUAUUUUUGGCUUUUCAAAUUAUCAAGCAGAAUCAAUCUUACAGCUAUGCUGCUAUUCUGUUUGGUUGUACACCGAAUUUGGUGAAAAUUAUUUUUAAGGAGGUUCUCACUGCUUUGGCUGACCAUUUUCAGAACUUUAUAUUUUGGCCAACGAAAGAGCAUGUUAUGGAGAAUAUGCCAAACUGUUUUAAGCUUUUUCAAAAUGUACGUGUAGUAUUUGAUUGCACAGAGGUUGUUGUGGAGAAACCAAGCUGUCUGAAUUGUAGGGUUAGGACUUAUUCCAAUUAUUAUUCUGAUCACACAGUUAAGCUUCUGGUUGGCUGUUCACCUGGAGGCGUAAUCUGCUUUGUUAGCCAGGCAUAUGGUGGGCGAACCAGUGACAGUUGCAUCAUUCGCCAAAGCAACGUGCUUCACAUGUUAGAGCCCCUGGUGGAUGCUGUGAUGGUGGAUAAAGGUUUUAAAUUUGAAGACGUAUGCAAAGAGAAUCAUAUAACUCUUUUUAGGCCCCCGUUUUUAAGGCAAAAGACACAGCUUGCAGAAAAUCAAGUUUCAAUGACUAAAGUGAUUGCCUCCGCUAGAGUUCACAUCGAACGUCUUAACCAAAGGUUGAAGAUUUUCAAGUUAUUAAAAGGUCCGCUUCAUUGGCACAUGAUGGAUGUAAUCGACGAUAUCCUGAUAACGAUAUGUGGGUUGGUGAACAUUACGAAUCCUAUACUAAGUGACGAUAAGUACAUGUAGUUGAAAUUGGCGGUUUGAAAGUAUUUUACGGGUGCAUCUCUGUGUUUGGAAGAAGAUCUGCGGCAAAUUUUCAUCGACAAGUUUAGCCUCCAAUGAACACUUGCAUAAUUAAUGUUUUAUUUGAGUUGUUACCUCUUAUUUUAAAUGUAUUUUUUUAUACCUUCAGACUGCAUUAUUACAUUCUCCUCUCUUGUGACUAUUCUGUAUUAGAACAUUUUAUUUGUAGUUUACAAUUACCUCUUCAUUUUGAAACAAUAUUUGUAAUUCUUUAACCUCGAUGUUAUGUGAUAGGGCCGUAAAUUUUAUACUGAAAUUUUAUUUUAUCCUAGAGGUAAGUAUCCCAAGGUAUUCAGGUUAGUAUGAUCAUGGUAUUCAUAUUUGAUGUUUGUUACUUUUAACUUUCUAUUAGUUUUGUAUUCUGGAGUGUUUUUUAUUUUAUUAAUUUUAAUAUCCUGCUAUCAUGGUUAUGUAUUGUAAAGAAUCAUGUUUAAGUCUGUAAUGUUAAGUUUGUUUUAUGUCUUCCGGCAAAUUUUUUCUAUUCGGCAUAAGAGUGCCGCAUGCAUAGUGACCAGAUCGAUAUAAAUCAUACAUUAAAGUUGGACUAGAAAAAAAAUCCGUCAAAAUAAAUUACGUGUCCUGAAUUUUGUUUAAAGUUUGCGUCAUAUGCAUCACAACGUCAUAUCCCAAAUCUUUCCCACUUCUUUUGACAUUAACCUGUUUUUCUCCAUACAGAUCAAAGCUCAAAAUAUACCCAUGCUUUGAAGUACAGAGCAUCCAUAAUUUUAUGCCACGUUUUGCAGGUUUAAGGGGCAUAUACUGACCUAUGCCAAGCCUUCCUUUUUACUUCAAUAAAGCUUCAUCAACAAAGUUCCCUCCGUAUGGAAUUAAGUGCUUCCUAAAAUUUUCCUGGAUUUGAUCAAACAUCGGCUGAACUUUUUACGAAUAUCUAUAGUUUUCAUCCAUUUUCUGACUCUCUAUCAGAGAUGUGAAAAUAAUGUUUGAUUUUCAAAAAACGGUUCCUACUCAUCAGUUUUUUAGACAUUUUCACUAAACUCAUGCUGAGUAAAAUGCCAAAAAAAAACACUACAAUUCGUUAUUAGAAGUCAAUGGGCUCCAGUUUGUGUCCUCUAUGUUUUUCUGUUUUUGGCAAAACUCCGCAUAUUUGUUAGUAUUUUCUAUAACUGAUUUGCAAAGCUCAUCAGUCAAAUAGAGCUUUAAAUAAUCUAACAGUGACGAAUCUGGUAGUAAUCCACGGUUUGGCUCUGAAUUUAGACAAAAAUAUUUUCAUUUCUCACGUCAGAAGCCCAAUCAUAUUCUACUGGAUUUUAUUCAUCAUCUUCCUCAUCACUAUUACUGCUAUCGUUAGGGGUAAUAGUGGUUUCAGUUGGUGCCACAUCAUCGAAUUCUUCUUCAUCCCCUAAUUCAUUAAAAUCAGAGUCAUCUGUCUCAUCAUUGAAAAUUAUUUUCAAAGCUUCUUCGGUCGAAAGACCUUUACGGCGAAUAGACAUUUUCGUUUAUAUA